GUACAUCCCCCAUUUUCCAUAUUCUCUCUCAACCUUUUUUUCUCUCUAACAAAAGCUCCAAAAUCUCCCUCUGCUCCCUCCAAUGGCGACCAAUCUUCUCCACUUUCGGCCCUCAGUGAUCGGAGCUCGCGCCUUCCCUGACUCAAACUCCGACCAAUCUCGCCGGAAAACUGCUUCUGCCAAUUGGUGGACGCCACUAUUCGGCUGGUCAUCGGAGCCGGACUACAUUGACACCGGCGCUGGAACAGAACGCAAGGAGAAAGCUGAGUUCAGAUCUGAGUCAACUUCCGAGUCAAAGACUCAGAGAUCACGGUUCUCUCCCGGCUGCUUCACGGAGGACAAAGCGAAGCGACUCCGGAUGCUGACAAAGGAAUCGGAGUCGUUUCAUGACGUUAUGUAUCACUCCGCGAUCGCCUCAAGGCUCGCUUCAGAUUUCAACAAAGUCUCCGAUCCGUGAGUUCCGAUACCGGCGAGGCCAAGUUGACUAGCCUUGGAGUUUGAGUUGAAAAUCAAAGCAUGAAAGCCCAGAAAUUUCCUUUAUUAUGCAUAUUUUCAUCUUUUGUAUAAACAGGUGAAAUUCUUUUUUUUUUUUUUCCAAAAGAUAUUAGGGGCUAAAAUGACAUAGUCAUGUAAUAGAGUGAUUUAAAGAGACGUAUAUGAUUAAGGAUGUAAAUAUAAUCAUAAAUGUUUACUAUUGAUUUGAAUUUGUAUCAAAUCUUCCAAAAAGAAUUGAACAGUCGGAUGAAGUGUGGUAGUGGGCGAGGCCUAAUUAAUUUGGUGUUAUCUCAUUAAGCUACCGUCCUAUGUAUUUAAUAUCAAGUAUAAUUGACUUUAAAACAUUUUCUUGUUUCA